UCCACUAAAACAACCCUGAAGUCUCCCUCUCUGUCUUCCGCCCUCUCUCUAUCUCUCUCCCUCCACCUCUCUCUGCCCUUCAAUUAGGGUUUCGGCAGACACAGUGACUGCCUCCCAGUCCCUCCGUCUCUCUCCGCCCCUUCAAUCUCCCUCUGACGGACGGGCACGUACAGUCUAUGCGAUCUCAGGCGGCAUUCAAUGCCAGCAAACGGCGCCGCCUGGCCGUGGCUUGACAACCCUGCACCUCUUUUCAUGAGCGGCUUGGGCGUAUCAGCCUCGCUAUCGUUUGCCUCUGAAUUUGCGGCUGUUGAAGCCCUUAUUUGAUUGGUGCGGUAGUUUGUGUUUCUACGAUGGCGCCCAGUCGCAGGAAGGGUGCGAGCAAGGCUGCCGCCGCUGCUGCCGCCCGCCGGCAGUGGAAGGUCGGCGAUCUAGUGCUCGCCAAGGUCAAAGGCUUCCCUGCUUGGCCUGCCACGGUAAGUGCGCCAGAAAAAUGGGGCUAUUCAGCUGACUGGAAGAAAGUACUUGUCUACUUUUUUGGAACCCAACAAAUAGCAUUUUGCAAUCCUGCUGAUGUGGAGGCAUUUACAGAGGAGAAGAAACAAACUCUCUUGGUUAAGCGUCAGGGCAAGGGAGCUGAUUUUGUGCGUGCUGUUCAAGAGAUCAUUGAUAGCUAUGAGAAGUUAAAAAAGCAGGAACAAGUUGAUGAUUUGAACUCUGGCACUGAAGUUACUGCAGCAAAUGGUGGGAACUCAGUGGAAUCAUUUCCCAACUUGCAGUUGAAGGACAUAUCAGAAGCUCCUGCUGAAGCAUCUGAUGCACAGUCAAAAUUUUCGAAUUUAAAAAUAAAAACUGAUAGCAAUGAGAAUAAUCUUCCUGGUAAGGAGGCUAUAGUUGCCACACAGGUUGGAGAUUCACAUGUUAAGCCAGAGGUGAAGGAACCGGUUCUUGAGGAACAAACUAAAGACCGGCCAGUUAUAUGUACGUACUCAUUGAGGAAGAAAUCUGGUGGCUCACAGUUUGAAAGCUCCAUGACUAGGAGAAGGGCGUCAUCGGUUAGAAGAUCUAGAAGCUCAUCAAAGCAAGAAUCUUCCGGAUUCGAAAACCUAACUGUGCCUUGUAAAGAUAGUGAAAAGGGUGCAGCAGUUGUUUCAUCUAAUUCAGCCCAAGAUGGUUCUUCCCGAAAAAGUAGACGGACCAAGAAAACUCCUGAUAUCUCUAAAGGGGAUGACAGGGAUUCCCCAGCUUUUGUUCAAAAUGGCAGUAUUGAGGACAAUGGCUCAGAAAUUGUGUCUAUGGAGAGUGACAGCAUCAGUUUGAAUGAUGGUAGUGCUGCAGAUUCUAGUUGUAAACAUGAACAGUAUGAAACUGUUAUUGAUUGUGUCGAGGCGGAGGCUGAGUUGAGGAAAGGGCUUGAUCUUCAGAUAAAUGCUGUUCUUAAGAAAAAAAGAAAACCGAACAGAAAGCAUGUGCUUCGCGAUGCUGCUGAGCCUACUACUAAUGCAGAUAAUGGGGCAGCUACAGAUACUGUGAACUCUGCUGGUCAAGAUUCUGAGAGUACUCUUGUUCGUGCAAUUGAAAGUUGCCCCAAAGAUGAUGGGGAUGAGCAUUUGCCUUUACUGAAAAGAGCAAGGGUGAGAAUGGGAAAACUCUUAUCCCAAGAGGACGAGAACAAUAGCAUUACAAGUUCUGAAGAAAAAGUCUUGAAGGAUGUCCCAGAGAAUUCAUCGGCAUUGAAUCACAAUAGCUCUUGUGAAGAAAAAGUCUUGAAGGAAGUCAAAAUGAAUGCAUUGGGAUGUAAUGAAAAUAACAUUUCUUAUGCAGAGGAAGAGACUACAAAAAAAAGCUCUGUGCACGCUUCACUGAACAGCCCAUCUGUAAAUCAUGCAGAAGAAGAGAUUACAAAGAAAGGCUCUGUGCAUGUGUCACUGAGCAGCUCAUCUGUAAAUCAUGAUCCUGUCAGUCCAUGCAUGAAGAAAGAAACUUCAGAUGGUGUUUCCAUUUCAGAAGAUUGCACUGAAUGCUCAGACCAAAGACCUCUCUGGAAACUUAACAAGAACCAGCCAUAUGUCUCUUCAGCAGAUGGUGAGGCUGCUUUACCUCCAUCUAAACGUCUUCAUCGUGCUCUUGAAGCUAUGUCUGCAAAUGCUGCCCAAGAAUGUCCAUCAUCCAGUGGGGUCUUAUUGAUUGUGCAGCCAACUACUAGCAGUUGUAUUUCUAGUCAGAGUUCUCCACACAUUGCUAUAGCUUGUGAGAUAGGGAAUGCUGCGAGGCACAAUAUCCCAGAUUCUAUUUCCAAUCAUGUUUCUCAUGUUAUGACUUCCUUGUCGCCUUCCCAUUUAAACCAGAAAAGUUUGAGUGAAAGUAACAUGGUUGAGGAAAUGGACAUCUGCCAGCAUCCAACUGAAAGACCUGAGAGCCCAAUGCAGGCGGAAGAGAUAGCAAGUGUUAGAGAUGAAGAAGAUGCAAGAAAUGUCUGCAUUUCCACCUCUGACGAUCCUGUUGGUGAUUCUCUGAUGGAAACACAAACUACAAAGCAGUUGUCCCCUGAGAUUGAAGUGACUGAGCCUGCUUUAAGGUUCAAUCAAGUUUUGCAUGACCCUUCGUGUACCGUGGGUGAAACACAUGCUGUGAAUGUUGAGUUAAAUUCUAAAGAGGAAAGUGUAGAAAAACACCCUGGUCCUUCAGAAAAGACUGCCAGAAGUCCAUGCGCUGCAACAGAGAUUGAGAAAAUCGCUGCAGUUUCUCCUGGACAUGGAAUUGAUGCACAACAGAAAAGUUCAGAAUGCAAUUCAGAGAAUGGUGGCAAUGAACAUUUGAGGCUUCAAUGUCAAGACAGCAACCAAGAUAAUACCAUGUGCCAUGGAAAUGAAACCAGACAUGAUCAGAUCUUGAGGAACAGUAAAGAUGUUUCUUGUUCCAAUGGUCACUUGGACGACGGUGAUAUCCCUAUUUCUUCUAGAACUGAUGGAAUACAUUCUAGUCCGGGGGCAUCUCAGCACAAUACUGCAAUAUGCCAUACAUGCAAUUCAGAUGAAGACAGGUCUAAAAACUCUAGACAAGAUAAUGGAAGCUGUAGUCCUAUUGAGACUUCACAGUUGAGUAAUUCUGCACAUGAUGCAGCUGAUUCUGAUGGAAAAGUUGAAUUGUCUGUCACACCACCAACCUCCGUUGGCAAGCACAGCAAUUACUCUGAAGCACAUGCUGCUCUGUCUUCCUUUGAGGCUGUGCUCGGAACCUUAACUAGAACGAAAGAGAGUAUCGGUCGAGCGACACGCAUUGCUCUCGACUGUGCAAAACAUGGUUUUGCUUCAAAGGCAUUUGAAGUUCUUGCUCGUAGUUUAGAGAAUGAGUCAAGCUUAUACAGGAGGGUGGACAUAUUCUUUCUCGUCGAUUCCAUCAUGCAGUGCUCUCGAGGUUUAAAAGGUGAUGCUGGUGGUGGAUAUCCAUCUCUUAUACAAGGAGCGCUUCCACGAUUACUGUCAGCUGCUGCUCCAACUGGCAGCUCUGCUCAUGAAAAUCGGCGGCAAUGUCUGAAGGUUUUGAGGCUGUGGUUAGAAAGAAGAUUUCUUCCUGAUUCCAUCCUACGACAUCAUAUGCGAGAUCUUGAUGUGUUCAGUGGUCCAUCUUCUGUUAAUCCCUAUGCUCGGCGCUCUUCUAGAAACGAAAGAGCAUUUGAUGACCCUGUUAGAGAGAUGGAGGGUAUGCUUGUUGAUGAAUAUGGCAGCAAUUCGAGCUUCCAGCUUCCUGGUUUUUGUAUGCCUCGAAUGCUCAAAGAUGGUGAUGAAGGAAGCGACUCUGAUUCUGAUGGGAGUUUUGAGGCUGUUACUCCUGAGCAUACUACUCCUGGAUCUCCUCAGCAGGAAACAACUUCUACUAUGGGGAAGCACAGACACAUUUUGCAAGAUGUUGAUGGUGAGCUCGAGAUGGAGGAUGUUGCUCCUUCUGAAGGUGAAAUGGUCUCAACAGAAAACUCACAAAAUAUCGAGCAACGUUUUCCACCACCGCCCCAUGCUGCCCCUGCUCUCCCUGUUUUGCCACCCUCUCCACAGCCAAUAUCGCCUCUUCCACCACCACCUCCGCCACCCCCUCCGCCUUUAAAUCCACCUCAUCCCAUCGCAUCUGGUGUAUCAGAUUGUCAUGUGAAUGGGCUUCACCAGACUUCCCAUGCUAGUGUACAGAAUGUUCAAGGAAACAUGGGUCCACCCCAUCCGCCUGUUCCUCCUAGAGCUGAUCAGAGAAAUUUUAGUGGGUCUCACUAUCACAAUUCGGAAAGCAGAGAUCCUCCGCAGCAAAUGCCUAUGCCCGACCCUCCUAAUCACGCAUACAACAGGAGAUCAAUGGAGAAUGGGGAGCAUGAGGAUGGGUCUAGGUUUAACAAUGGUAGGGGGUACCAAAUGAGACCACCCUAUGCUCCUCCAUCAAAUCACUUCUCAUAUGGCCAAUCAGAUCAGCGUGGUAGACCUCGGAGGGAUGGCCCACCACCUUAUUCUGGCCGAAUCCACCACCAACAUAACAGAGGAAAUGGAAACUAUCACCACAAUAAUCAUGAGAGAAUGAAACCGCCCCCAUAUGAAGUCCGAGAUAAUUGGAGGUUUUCAUCUCCCUAUUCUGGGCCACGAUAUCCUGAGAAGGGUAAAUCUUCUUGUGCACCGGGUCCCUACGGAGGUCCGCCUUGCGAACCGGAGAGGUUCCCGAACCAUGGCUGGUCAUCAUAUCCUCCCCGACCAAUGGGUCACAGAAAUCAUAUGCCUUACAGGCCCCAUUAUGAAGGUCCUGGAUACUGGCGGCCAAGAUGAGCAGUGAUGGUCUGCUCCAGAAAAUAUAUUGAUAUUUUGUGUUGUGGAGUCAUUAGCCUUUUGGAAGUUUCCCUAGUCGUAACGACAACAUGCCCUGCCAGCUCAGUCAGGAAUGGCCCCGUUUUUAUAGUCUGGGUGGGUCCUGCAAGGCUUUUGUUUGGGAUAGUCGCCGCAGAGAUUCUUAGGGCCAUUAUGAUUUGCUAUAGUUACACCACAAGUAAGAGAAUUCCAUGGAAAGGGAAGGGAAAACUGUCUUCAUCGAGCUGGGCUGUUUGCUUUGCCUUUGAGUUGGGCUGCUAGAUUUGUAUAUAUAACAUAUAUGGAGUUUCCUCCUCUGCUCAAAAAAGCCAGGAGUGGGAAAAAGACUCUAGUGCCCCUAGAGAUUCGACGAGAGAGAGAGCUGUAAUUAAACUCCCUUUUUAGAUGAUGUAAUCUAUCUUCUCUUGUACUCAAUCAGAUUAAUUUCGAAGAUCAUAAAUUAUUCUCAUCUCA